AGAUUCAGCACUUACAUCAAUGUUGCAAGCUUUUUUCAUUUGAGUGACACAUCGCUUCCGACGACUAUAACAGCAUGAGCAUACUGCUCUUUCUGCUGCUUAGCUUUACUUUGAACGUUCAAUGUGCUAAAUGGAACGACUGUGACACCUGCGUACUUUCCGUGUCUAGUUUCGUGGAUUAUCCUCAAAUGAAUAAGAAAAUGCGGAAAAGGGAUAGGCUGAAGCAAGUCUGUACUUUUGUGAGUACACAUGUGGGAGAUUCAAAACCUCUGAAAACAUGUGACACGGUUUUGAGGGAAGUUAUUGCCAAUAAAGCCGUUUUUCGAAAGAUGCAGGGCUACAAAGCGAAAGGACUAAAUAUGAAAUGGUUCUGUGCUAAAGAAUUGUCGAAAUCAUACUGCACGUCCAAAGAUUCAACCAUAAUUCACUUAUGAUGCCUUUUUGCGUUUGGAGUGCGAUU